UAUAUUUUUUCUCUCUUCCUAAAGAACUGAAAAAUAAUAAUAAUAAACAAAACAUAAAAUAAACAAAAUUCUAUACGUUAUGUCGGAAAAGAAAUGUCGACUCUGUCUCAAAACAAUUGAUGAUCAAACUACAUUUACAGAUCUUACGGAAGUGCCCAAUCCAAUGGUUUACCUGCAAAAUGGCAUAACAGCCUCUUCGUAUUUGCAAUGCUAUCACUUUUGCCUGCAAUUUGAUAUAACAAAUUCAAUCAUAAAUUUACCCGAUUAUCCCUAUAUAUGUGGCAUGUGUAAAAGUAAAAUGUUAGAAACAGUCAAUUUUAUAGUGCGAUCUCAAAGAAAUGAAGGAUAUCUAAUGUCGUUGUACGACAUAGGUAAAGAUGAAAGUAGCAUCUCGGAAGAUAUUGCCGAGGAUUUGCUAGAAGAUUUGGGUGUCAUACAUUCGGAUGAGGAGCAAUCUGCGAUUGAGACGCAGGACUAUAUUAUCGAAGAAGAAGAAAUAGAGGACGAACAAGAAAUUGUGGAAAAUGAGUUUCCUCAAGCCAACAUAUACGAAUUACAGAAUACUUUAGUUGGAGAAAAUAUUGGGAUUGAGUGUAAGACCGUUGAUGGCGAUAAAGAAGGACGAAAUGAUGAUAAUAUAUCUUUGGAAAAUACGAUUUCUGAAAAUACCCAAGAAAAUGACACCAGUCAAUGGGAGCGCAGCAAUGAGUUAGAGGAAACUACUAACUUUUUCAAUGACUUAAGUCAAGAGGAGCCCCCAAAAAGGCGGGCUACUGACAAUGACAAUCGAAAAUGGAAGGCUGUGCCAAAGGAAAUAUUCAAUCUUGACUUCAAAUGUCUACUUUGUAGAAAAAGUUUUAAACUCCAAAGGAAAUUGUAUGAACAUUAUGAUAGCGAGCAUGAUCAAAUUUCUCUUGCAUUCCCCUGUGAUGUGUGCAGCAGGCGACAUAUAUCCCAGAAAGCCUUAACUUUUCACAAGCACAAUAUCCAUAACAGUAUUAAACAUGAGGAUUGCAACUUGUGUGGCCAAGCGAUUCUACCCGCUUUUUUCAAGUCACACAAAAAUCGCCAUAAAAAUGCUGUCUUAUAUGCCUGUUGCAAAUGCGAUCGCAGAUUUGACCGACUAUGCACGGUGAAGCAGCAUCACAGAGCGGUACAUGAAAAAGAUAAAGUGCGACGUUACGAAUGUCAAGAUUGCGAACGUCACUUUUUUUCCGAAGAAAAACUGGAAAAACAUAGAAUUGUACAUGAACAAAUUGGAGCAGUCAGCGAGAUAGAUUUUCUUUGCCACAUCUGCUCAAAGACAUUUGUUAGAAAGAUUGAUUUGCAGCUACACCUGAAAGUUCACAACGGUAACAUCAUAAAAUGUCCACAUUGUGUAAAAGAAUUUGUUCGCCCCAAAGACAUGGAGUAUCAUAUGCGCUAUCAUACCAAAGACCAUCCGUUUAAAUGCAAUAUCUGUUCAAGGGGUUUUGCUGUCAGAUGGAGUUAUGAUGCUCAUAUGAAACAACACGAGGGCGUACGCUAUAAAUGUGAAAUAUGUGACAAAGAAUAUAUCCACUUAUCGGCAUUACGGGUGCAUACCUAUGAACAUCGUGGAUUUCCGUUUAGUUGUAAAAUGUGCAGCAAAGGAUUUAGCAUUCGUAAAAAGGCAAGACUUCAUUUAAAAAGCAAACAUCUUAAGUCAUAUGAGGAGCAACAUUACACAGAUGCCAUGCUGGACGAAUAUAUAGUUCGCAACAGAAUUCCACAUUUAUAUGUUAAGGGAGAAUGUGUAGAUGACGAUUCCGAUCUGAAGGAGGAUAAUUAAUUUAAGAAGUUUUUGUCAAGCCCUAUAAAACCAAAGAAUUUCACUAUUGUUGUUAAAAAGCUUUGUGUAUACCAUAAAAAAAUAGUUUAAAUGAAUUAGACAUUAUUCACUCAUGGAAUUAGAGCAACUUGGUGCAUAAGAACAAUGA